AUGCCUAUGAUUUUUAAGGUGUUUUCUUUUACAAGACCACCAAAUCCAGUAGCAAAGCCAAUUGAAGAAAAAGAAGAAGAGAGCGAUGAAUAUAAUUUUGAUAACAAAAACUCGGAAAGAGACAAGACAAAAUCUAAAGACACAAGAAUGAGGAAAGAAUCCAGGCGGAAACAUAAAGAAGAUGUCAACCCAACAAUAAAAGAAAGUUCAACAAAGGCAUUCAAUAAUAGCGUUGCUUACAAACGAACAAGGCUUAACAUGAUGCGGAACAGGGAGGUUACACUUCCACCUGACGCAAUGUAG